GUUGGAACAAGAAUCGUCGUUAUCUUUAUGUCUGGCACAGUUUCUUACAACACGACGAUUUUAAUGGCAUGGCGCGGGUGUAACUACGCGCUCCGCUCGUUUCCUGUGUUGCUGCAAUUUCGCUUCUUCCACUCUUUCUUUCACCUUUUUCAGCAUUUUCCGCUGACCGAACCCCAACCAUGUGACCCUUGUACACUUGCACUACAAACAAAACACAACUUCUUUGUUUUGUCUUUUCUUACUAAUACUAUAAAUCCCCAGGAACAUGCAUAACAAGGACCGCAUGGUCUAAAAAGGCACCACCGUUCUUUUUCUUGGUUCAUGCUUCCGUGCAUCGGAAAGUUUAAUGAUAACAAUGGCAACCAAAAAGGAGUGAACAUUUGUUGAGUCGAGUAAGUUCAAUUCAAUCCCUGUGAGCUGUGAUGGCCUCGGUUGGGGGUUUUAUAGUCUCUGGUGCUGUAAGGUGCGUUACGAGGCACCGGUUUGGAGUUCGGUCGCAGAGUUUGGAGGGUGGGGGCUCGACGGUGUUGUCGUCGGAGUCUGUGAAUGGAUCUUCGUCGGUGGUGGUGGGGACGCCGAAGAAUCAUAAUGGUGGUUCCUUGGUUAAGGAGGAAGCGAAGGGGUGGUUGUUGGGAGUUGAGGGGGAGAAGAAGAAGAAGAAGCGUGAAGCAGAAGAAGGUUUGGCAGCGCUUUGGGAUGAUGGGUAUGGGAGAAGCAGUGUAGAGGAUUACUUUGCUGCAGCUAAGGAGAUUUGCAGAUCAGAUGGAGGCCCACCUCGGUGGUUUUGCCCAGUUGAAUGUGGGCCCCCUUUGAAGGAUUCUCCUACUCUUCUGUUUUUACCAGGGAUGGAUGGCACGGGAUUCGGUCUCACUUUGCACCAUCAAGCUCUUGGGAAGGUUUUUGAAGUUCGUUGCUUGCAUAUCCCAGUUCAUGAUCAAACACCUUUUGAAGGGCUGGUGAAACUUGUUGGAGAAGCUGUUAAGCACGAACAUGCUUUAUCUCCAAAUAAACCAAUUUAUCUGGUAGGUGAUUCUUUUGGUGGAUGUUUAGCACUUGCUGUUGCUGCUCACAAUCCAACUGUUGACCUGGUACUGAUAUUAUCCAAUCCAGCUACAUCCUUUGGCCAAUCUCAGUUGCAACCUCUGUUUCCUAUCUUGGAGGCUUUACCUGACGAACUGCAUGUUGCUGUUCCCUUUGUUCUGGGCUUUAUUAUGGGCGAUCCAGUGAAGAUGGCAUCAGUCAAUAUUGGAAAUAGGCUUCCUCCAGUCCAAAAACUUGAACAGUUGGCAUACAACCUUACUGCAUUGCUGCCAUGUCUUCCUGAGCUGGCUAAUAUUAUACCAAGGGAUACUCUUCUAUGGAAGCUGAAGCUUCUGAAAUCAGCUGCUGCAUAUGCUAAUUCGCGUCUCCAUGCUGUUAAAGCUGAAGUACUUGUACUUGCUAGUGGUAAGGAUAACUUGCUUCCCAGCGUAAAUGAAACUCAAAGACUUGCGGGAUUAUUGUCAAACUGCAAAGUUCGUGUUUUUAAGGACAGUGGACACACCCUUCUCCUGGUACGUGAAGUGAAUGUGUAUACUUGCAACUGUGAUAAUUUGAGAUCAUGUUUUCGCUUGAUAACCCCUAUAAAUAGGGUGUGUUAAGUGAGACUGAUUGCAACUAUCAUCUAUAAAGUUGAGAUAUUUUCUAGUGAACAUGCAACUUCUAAAUUUGACCAUUGAUGUAAGAUUGAAUUGCCGAGAUUGAUUCCUUCAACCUUCUAUAAUAAGAUAAUGUUCUCACAUCUAUAUAAGAUUGAAUGGUCCAAAUUAGUUCCUUCAACCUUUUAUAAUAAGAUAAUUGUUUCACUUGAUGACUCCUAUAAUAGGUAGACUAUUGCAUUGAAUCAUAUAAUACUAGUUAUUUUGGCUGUUCACCACAUUUAGAAAUUUUGUGAUAUGAGAAUAUUACACUACACUUGUGAGAACAUAGCAAGAACUACCUAGAGUAGCGCUAGGACCAUAUUAGAAUUUUACUCAUUUUAGAGGAUUUAAAUCUUUGUAGUUUGUUCAAUAUAUUUAAAUUUUAUAUGUAAACUAUUUCCAUUAUAAAUAGAGAAAUCUUCAAAUGGUCCUCCAAAGUUAUAUAAUUCACUACAUUAGUCCUUCAAAAAUUUUGGUCACCAAAAUGUUUAUCAUAUAUUAGUCCUCUAAAUAUUUUGUCAAUGAAUUAAUCCUUUAGAGAAUUUUUCACCAUUCUAAUCCUUAUGAUUAAAAUGGAGCACAAAGAAUCUUUAUAUCAAAUCUUUGAGGGAUUAAUUUGGUGAAAAUCUUUGGAAAACACUGUAGUAAAAAACUUGAGGUACUAAUCUAGCAAAUAAAUAUUUUGGAGGACUAAUGUUGGGGUGCAUGUAACUUACGAGGACCAUAUUGAU